GGCAGCGGCCGCGACGCCCGGAUCGUGCCCGAGGGGCGGCGGGCUGCGGACCGUCGCUGCUGCAAGCUCCUCCCUCUGCUGGUCCAGCCUUUCCCCGCCGCCCCGCCGCCCCCCUCCCGCGCGACUCUGUGAAUCCCAGGCUUCCCCGAAAAGCCGGGAGCGGCGGCGGGAGCAGCGCAGCCCCUCGGGCAGCAGCUCGGCCGCGCGGCUGGAGCCGCUCCGGAGGCGCCGCCGAGUCCGGCGCGCGGUGGCAGCCUGGAGCCCCGAGCAGCCGAGGCGGUGGCCGCCGGCCCGGAGGAGGGAAGGAAAGUGCGUGCGGUGUGAGUGCGUCGGUGCGGGGAGAGUGCCGGGGCCCGCGGUGUCGAUUUAGGGCGGAGGAGCAGGGAGGGGCCACCGGGAUCGGCCCCCCCCCCCCGCACCUCGGCAUCCCUGUGGGUUCUCCAGCCGCGGCGCCAGCUCCCCGACGCCCCUCCUCCCCCCGACCAUGGACUUGCGUGGAGUUGAGAUGCGCCUCGGCCACCGGGCGCGGGUGGCGGCCCAACCCCGGGGAUGCGCGGGCGCGCGCGCCGGGAUGGCGAGGUAGGAUGGCCGCGCAGCACGACCCCUGCCGCCCCCACGCAGCGGUCCCCGGGCGGUGCCGCUAACUCGGCCGAGCGCACAGCGGUGUGGGCGGACGCUGCCGGCCGCGCGCGCCUUCGCCGCCGCCGCCGCCUCGCCUCUCGCAGCCACUCGCACCUGCCCGCGCCCGGACCAUGUCGAAGGCGGCUGCGGGCGCGGCGGCAGCGCCGGCCGCCGAAAGUUGUGCCCCGGCUUCUGCCGGCUCGCCGGCCGCCGCCGCCGCCGUGGAGGACCUAUCCAAAGUAUCGGACGAGGAGCUGCUCAAGUGGAGCAAGGAGGAGCUGAUCCGCAGCCUGCGGCGCGCCGAGGCCGAGAAGGUGAGCGCGAUGCUGGACCACAGCAACCUCAUCCGCGAGGUCAACCGCCGCCUGCAGCUGCACCUCGGCGAGAUCCGCGGGCUCAAGGAUAUCAACCAGAAACUCCAGGAGGACAACCAGGAGCUGAGGGACCUCUGCUGUUUCCUGGACGAUGACCGGCAGAAAGGCAAGAGGGUGUCCCGGGAGUGGCAGCGACUGGGCCGCUACACGGCUGGGGUGAUGCACAAGGAAGUGGCCUUAUACCUGCAGAAGCUGAAGGAGUUGGAGGUGAAGCAGGAGGAGGUAGUGAAGGAGAAUAUGGAGCUCAAGGAGCUCUGCGUGCUGCUGGACGAGGAAAAGGGCGCUGGCUGUGCUGGCAGCCGCUGCUCCAUCGACAGCCAGGCCAGCCUGUGCCAGCUGGCAGCCUCCACCGCCCCCUACGUGCGGGAUGUGGGUGACGGCAGCAGCACAUCCAGCACGGGCAGCACCGACAGCCCAGACCACCACAAGCACCAUGCGAGCAGUGGCAGCCCCGAGCACCUGCAGAAACCCCGGGGUGAGGGCAGCCCAGAGCACUCCAAGCACCGGAGCACCAGUCCCGAGCAUCUCCAGAAACCCAGGACCUCCGGGACCCCAGAUCACCCAAAGGCACUCAAAGGACCCAGCCCUGAGCACCACAAACCCUUGUGUAAGGGCAGCCCUGAGCAGCAAAGGCACCCACACCCCGGGAGCAGCCCCGAGAUGCUGCCCAAGCACAUGCUGAGUGGGAGCCCCGAGCACUUUCAGAAGCACCGGCCAGGGGGCAGUCCUGAGCACGCCAGGCACAGUGGCGGCAGCCCCGAGCACCUUCAGAAACACGCCCUCAGUGGGAGCCUGGAGCAUCUCCCCAGAGCCAGGGGGACGAGCCCUGAGCACCUGAAACAGCAUUAUGCGGGGAGCCCUGAUCACAAACACAUGGGCGGAGGAGGUGGAGGCAGUGGAGGAGGCAGCCGGGAGGGCACCCUCCGAAGACAGGUGCAGGAGGACUUGUCACCCCAUCACCGGAGUGUCUACAGCGGCAUGAACGAAUCAACAUUGUCCUAUGUUAGGCAGCUGGAGGCAAGAGUAAGACAGCUGGAGGAAGAAAAUCGCAUGCUGCCCCAGGGUUCUUUUAGGUUGUCAUCAGGGGCUGAUGGGAGUAACAGUUCACCCAACACUCCAGCUAGCUUCAGUGGACAUACCACACCUUCUCAGCAGCCUGAACCCGUGGUACACUCUCUUAAGGUUGUGUGGCGGAAACUUGGCGAUGCUGCAGGUUCCUGUCCUGGAAUUAGGCAACAUUUGUCUGGAAACCAGUACAAAGGACCUAUGUGAGAAGCAUUCUCUUUGGAACAUAAGAUCACCACUGCCAGAAAGAGAUAAAGGAAGCAAGAGUGAUUUCCGCAAACCUGAACUCAUGGAACAUGGAGUGAUUGUCCAUUGCAUCCAUUUUCUCUUUAAAUCCUCAGUAUAAUUAAAGCUGGAUUGUGUUUCUCACUUCUAUGUUCACAGCAGUCAGUCUCAAACAAGAUAGUUUGAGAAUUACCAUUUUGGUACCAAUAUUUUCAUUAGAACUAAAGUAGUUUUUGACUCCUCAUAUCUAAGAUUCUUACUGGGAAACUGCAUGACUGGCCGAUUUCAAUAGAGCUUCAUUGGUUCUGAUAGUUGACUCAUUGCAUAUAAUGGUGGAGUUUUCUACCAUGUUUUAUUGAAGAUAAGAACAGAUGUCUACAACCUUCCCAAGUUUGAAAGUUGGCCACUUCUUAUGUUUGAGGCAAUGAAUAUUAGUUUCCUAAUACAUAUUUAAUGUGGAUACAAGAUAAGAUUAGGUUUCUGAAAUUUUGUUCUGAUGUUUGAGGUGCUAAAAAUACCAUAGAAAUUUUUCUUACCAGCUAGAAGGGUAGAAAGACUUUGUAGAGUGCUUAUCAGACAGUACCAUUUAUGUCAGCUGAUCAAAAUAACUGUUUCUUUUAAUCUUAAUAUAUUCAUGAAGAUACAUUUGGGGGAUAUAUCAACCUCUAUAUUCAUCAGUAUAUUCAUUGAUGUAGUAUUAACAAUUUUAAUGAAAUAAACAAGCAAACACAAUUUUUCUAAGUGUUUCCAGCUGUGAGAUGUCAAUUUCUACAGUUUAGUUUCUAGACAUGCUGUUAUAUUUAAUAAACUUUAUGUAUACUUUAAAAUAUUGCACUGCAUUAUGAAAAUAGCUUUUUUUGCCUAUAGCAGCUAUCUAAUGUUUUCUGAAACUGGCGCAUGUCUUUCAUUAUUGAGGCUAACAGAUCUUUUUCAGAUUGUUUAAGGUUUGAAAAAGAGGUGUGCUAGCUUUGCUUAGUUUUCUUCUUUUGGAAUAUGUGUGUGUGUGUGUGUGUGUGCGCGAGUGUGUGUGUGUGUGUAUACAUAUAUACAUAGACCUGUAUUCAUAUAUACACACACACUUAUACUUUUAGACUGUAUGUAUUGAAAAUGCUAUGGUAGAUAUUUUGUGUUUAUUCAAAUGAUAAAUGGUAGUUUCUUGUAUGGAUGUGCAAGAGGCCUGUGACAGAAUGCUAAAUUUUUAUUGUUGUUUAAGAUUAUAAAAGUAGGAAUGCAACAAUUCCCAGUUUUUAAAUUUCUUCUAAAUUGCUCAGAUUUAACUCAUAGUAAAUACUUUGUUGUUGUGGUUGUUUUUAAAUGGGCUCAUUACACAGUGGGCUCAAUAUAUACUGUAUUAAUUGUCAUUGGUACAGAAAUGUGAAGGAAUUCACUAUGCUUUUCAGUAUUUAGUGUGACAACAUCCAACCCUCUUUUCAGAAAACAUUUAUGAAUUAAUUUACUGUAGAAUUAUCUUUAUUGUAAUUGGAUAAUCACUUAAACCUAUCUUUCUUUUAAAGUGUUACAUAUUUUUAAAUAUUAUUGUUCUCUAAAAGAAAACUGCUUGCUAUAUUUACACAUUCUCUCACAGAAAAUCUUUCAUCUUUAAAUUGUUGUAUUCCUACAUACUGAAAACAUUUAAAAUAAGUUCUGUGCCUGCAGUAGAGCCUGCAGAAACUAAUACAAAGAACACUGGUCUUUUGACAAAAUACUUGUGUAAAUUUUGAUACUGUAUUAAAACUAUUUUUUUAAAGUUCUGCAUAAAUUGAGUAUUAAGUAUGUGUUCAUCUUAGCAAUAGUAAUAAAUUAUUUAAUCUCUCA